CAUCACUGCGGUAGGAGCAGCAGCAGCAGAAGAGGAGGAGGAGGAAGCGCCCGGCAGGCUCACUUCACUUCUUCCCGCACGACCACAUCCAGGUGGCCAGUGUGCGUGCGUGUGUGUGCAUGCGCGUGUUUCCCAGCCGACUUCACCACAGAGGAGGUACUUUACCUGAGAGGACGUACAGCAGCAGCAGCAGCAGCAGCAGCAGCAGGCCCGGGGCGAUCCGACAGCCCAGCCAGAGCCGCGGACGGAGAACUUUUGACUUGUGUUGCGUGAUUUUAUUGUGCCUCGUCUUCGUAACCUUGGAAGUCGGACUUGCGCGUCAGGAGAGGAUGGGACCGCUGCUCCUUUCCAUCGCCCUGUGUUUGGGCGCCGCUGUCCCGCAGCAUGUGAGAGCAGCAGAUGGUGAGGAACCAACUUCAGCAGGGCCUUGCCACCCGAACCCGUGCCACAACCGAGGAACGUGUGAGAUCAGUGAGACUUACAGGGGCGACACUUUCAUCGGCUACGUGUGCAAAUGUCCGCCGGGCUUCAGUGGAGUUCACUGCCAACACAAUAUUAACGAAUGCGAAAGGGACCCGUGCAAGAAUGGAGGCAUUUGCACAGAUAUGGUUGCGAACUAUUCCUGCGACUGCCCGGGGGAGUACAUGGGGAGGAACUGUCAAUACAAAUGCUCUGGACCACUGGGCAUGGAGGGCGGGAUAAUCUCCAACCAGCAGAUAACGGCCUCUUCUACUCACCGCGCUCUCUUCGGCCUGCAGAAGUGGUACCCGUACUUCGCACGCCUCAACAAGAAGGGUCUGGUCAACGCCUGGACCGCUGCCGAGAACGACAGAUGGCCGUGGAUCCAGAUAAACCUGCAGAGGAGAAUGAGGGUCACGGGCCUAAUUACCCAGGGUGCAAAGCGUAUCGGCAGCCCCGAGUACGUCAAGUCUUACAAAGUAGCCUACAGUGAUGACGGGAAGACCUGGGAAACGUACAAAGUCAAGGGCAAGGAUGAGGAUAUGAUUUUCAGAGGCAAUGUCGAUAACAAUGCUCCGUCGGCCAACUCCUACCCUCCCAUCGAAGCCCAGUACGUGCGCAUCUACCCACAAGUCUGCAGGAGGCAUUGCACGUUACGCAUGGAGCUGCUGGGCUGUGAGCUCCCAGGCUGUUCUGAGCCGCUGGUGAAGUCGGGCCACAUCCAGGACUACCAGGUCACGGCCUCCAGCAUCUUCAGGACACUCAACAUGGACAUGUUCACCUGGGAGCCCGGGAAGGCCCGCCUGGAUAAACAGGGCAAGGUCAACGCCUGGACAGCCGGGCACAGCGACCAGUCGCAGUGGCUACAGGUGGACUUGCUCAUGCCAACCAAGGUCACAGGGGUCAUCACCCAGGGAGCUAAAGACUUUGGCCAUGUCCAGUUUGUUGGUUCAUACAAAGUUGCGUACAGCAAUGAUGGGGAGAGGUGGAGCGUAUAUCAAGACGCGAAACAGGGGAAGGACAAGGUGUUUCAGGGGAACUUCGACAACGACACACACAGAAAGAACGUGAUAGAUCCCCCCAUCUACGCCCGGCUGGUUCGGAUCCUGCCCUGGUCAUGGUACGGCAGGAUCACUUUGCGUGUAGAGAUACUGGGAUGCACAGAGGAAGAGUGAAGCCCUUUUCUCCGUCUUUCCCGUCAUCGUCCCCCCCCCACCCCCCCGUCCCUUCGGCAUACUGGAGUAUCUCCCCCGAUACUGCAGAAAUAAACUGUGCAACCUGUAAAAAGUAAUUGAUUUCCAAUGGAUUUUUUCAAGAAUAAGUGUUUGGUUGUGGUGGGUUGCUGUUUGUUCUUUUGUACAAUGAUUUCAAACCUGCCCCCCGGUUCACUUUCAGUUUCCUAUUUAAAAA